UAAAGCUUAAACUCUCUCUCUUUCUCCCACUUCAAUUUACUAUCUUCCUCUAGAAUUGUUUAUAUCUUUGUGUUGAAGAUAAUGGUGGUGGUUGCAGAUUGAUCUGAGAGAGAGAGAGACAUGGGGGCGUGUGUUUCCGCGCCUGAAGGGUGUGUUGGUGGGAGAUUGAAAAAUAGGAAGAACCGGAAAAGGAGGAGAGUAGGAGGACUCAAACAAAAGGUCCCUUCUCGUUUAUCUGAGGGAUCACUGGACAGGGUUGAUAGGUCUGCACCAUCUGAUAGAUCCUAUGCCAACCCCACUUUCCAAGGAUCAGGACAAGUUGAAGAGGCAUGGUUUGAUUCAGCUGCAAUUCUGGAGUCUGACUGUGAUGAAGAUUACCAAAGUGUUGCAGAUGAUGUGUUAUCUCUGAACGGCUUUGAAGGUGCAUCCGUAUCAAGUAUUCCAUCUCUGAGAGAUGCCAAUCAUUGGGACCAUAAUCUCAAUAACCAUCAUACUUAUUCCACCAAUCAUAUGCAGAAACCGGGGGAUUUGUCAACAGGGAAUUCUGCACUCGACUCUGUUAAUGAGCUUUCUAGAUGUGGACCUUCAAAUGAAGCAAACCAUCCUGUGUACCUUGAUGAAGUCUCCUCGUCUGUGGAUGGAAGUCCUGGCAAGGAGGCAGGAGUGUUAGAUAACUGUGGGAUUCUUCCAAGCAACUGCUUACCUUGUCUUGCAUCCACUGUUUCUUCAGUUGAAAAGAGAAGAUCAUUAAGUUCUAGUCCACCAAGUUCGAGAAAAAAGGCUUCCUUAAAGCUUUCCUUCAAAUGGAAAGAUGGAAAUGUGAAUGGCCCUCUAUUUUCCUCGAAGAUGCUACUGGAAAGGCCAAUAGCAGGUUCCCAAGUACCUUUUUGUCCAAUAGAUAAGAAAAUGCUUGAUUGUUGGUCACAUAUUGAGCCAAGUACUUUCAAAGUUCGAGCUGUAAAUUAUUUUAGGGACAAGAAGAAGGAGUUUGCUUCUAAUUAUGCUGCAUAUUAUCCCUUUGGUGUUGAUGUAUUCUUAUCUCAGAGGAAAAUAACUCAUAUAGCUCGUUUUGUGGAACUCCCCUCUGUUAAUUCUUCUGGAAACCUCCCUCCUCUUCUCAUUGUAAAUGUCCAGGUUCCGUUGUACCCUACCACAAUUUUUCAGGGUGAAACUGAUGGAGAAGGAAUGAGUUUUGUAUUGUACUUUAAGCUUAAUGAAAGUUACGCUAAGGAGCUUCCAUCCAAUUUUCAAGAAAAUAUCAGAAGGUUAAUGCACGAUGAAGUUGAAAAAGUGAAAGGGUUUCCUGUUGAUUCAAUUGUACCCUUUCGGGAAAGGUUGAAGAUAUUGGGCCGUGUUGCAAACGUGGAAGAUCUUCAUUUGAGUGCGCCAGAGCGGAAGCUUAUGCAGGCUUACAAUGAAAAACCUGUUCUUUCACGUCCUCAACAUGAGUUUUACUCGGGAGACAAUUACUUCGAGAUUGAUUUGGAUAUGCACAGAUUCAGUUAUAUCUCUAGGAAAGGGUUUGAAGCAUUCCUGGACAGACUAAAGAUCUGCAUCUUGGACGUUGGCCUCACUAUUCAGGGAAACAAGGCUGAAGAGUUGCCAGAGCAGAUCUUAUGUUGUAUACGACUAAACGGAAUUGACUACAUGAAUUACAGGCAACUGGGGAAUAAUCAGGAGCCCCUUUGAAAUUAUUACAAUUACUAAAACAAUGUAAGGCUUAAAGGUUAAAAUUAAUAAAGGCUAAUUUUAGAGAAAUUCUCUUAUAUUGUGUGUACCUGUAUAAACUCUUGUACUCUUUAAUGAUUAAAGAUCCUGACUGUGAAUCACAGCAUGAGUGGAAGCAAGUACUGCUCCAAUUGAGGUUGA